CUCAACCCCAUGGCCAUGGCUAUGGGAGCUCUCUUUCUUUACAUCCCUCUCUUUCUUGUGUUGUAUUUAUUAACAAAGCACUUCCUUCACAACAUCAGAAACCUCCCCCCCACCCCUUUCCCAUCACUACCUAUCCUUGGCCAUCUCCACCUUUUGAACAAGCCCAUAUACCGCGCUCUAUACAACAUCUCCAAUCGCUAUGGGCCGGUCGUGUUCCUCCGCUUAGGAUCUCGUUCGGUCUUGAUCGUGUCGUCGGCUUCAGCAGCAGAAGAAUGUUUGACUAAGAACGACAUCAUCUUUGCAAACCGGCCUCGUCUCCUACUAUCAAAGUGUUUCGGAUACAACAAUACAAAUCUCGUAUGGUCGUCUUAUGGGGAUAUUUGGCGUAACCUUCGUCGAAUCUGCACCGUUGAAAUUUUGUCAACCCAUCGCCUUCAUAUGCUUUCUGUUGUACGUUUUGAAGAGGUUAGGUCUUUGAUUCAACGACUCGUGAAGCGUGAAAACCAAGUAGUUAACAUGAAACAUGUGUUUUUUGAUCUAUCUUUCAACUUGAUGUUGAGGAUGAUUGUUGGAAAACGUUUUUAUGGCGAUGAUGUAGAUGAUGUUGAGGAGGCAAAAUUAUUUAGGGAAUUACAAGCUAAAUCAAGUCAGUUGUCUGGUAAAUCUAACAUGGGGGAUUUUAUUCCAUUAAUGUCAUGGUUGGGAUUCGAUUCGACUUUGGAAAAAGAGAUGAUGGAUUGUCAAAAUGGAAGAGACGCUUUAAUGCAAAGUUUAAUCGAGCAACAUCGAAGAAGAAGAAUUGUAGAAAUCGACGAUUCUUUUCGUGAUGGAAGGAAGAAGACGUUAAUUGAAGUACUUUUAGAAUUGCAAGAAUCUGAACCUGAACAAUAUAACGACGAAACUAUCAGAGGGCUAAUGCUGCUUAUGUUAGUAGCGGGUACAGAAACGUCGGGGAGCAUAAUGGAGUGGGCUUUAUCUCUUCUCUUAAACCAUCCAGAAAUUUUAAAGAAAGCGCAGAUUGAGAUCGACAAUCAAGUUGGUAACCAACGUCCGAUUGAAGAAUCCGACAUGGCACGCCUUCCUUACCUACGUGGCAUCAUCAACGAGACACUUCGGAUGUACCCUCCAGCUCCAUUACUAGUACCUCAUGAAUCAUCACAAGACUGCUCUGUUGGAGGCUACCAUGUUCCACGUGGCACGAUGUUAUACAUCAACAUAUGGGCCAUUCAGAACGACCCCAAAAUCUGGGCCCACCCGAAAGAAUUUGACCCCGAUAGAUUUAACGACGUGGAAAGUGAAAAAUACAAGUUCAAUUUGAUGCCAUUUGGGUUGGGGAGGAGGGGGUGCCCAGGAGAAGGCUUGGGCCUACGAAUGAUUGGGCUUGUGUUGGGCUCGUUGAUUCAAUGCUUUGAAUGGGAGCGUCCUACCGAGGAAUUGGUGGAUUUGACAGAAGGGAUUGCAAUCACUAUGCCCAAAGCCCAAAAUUUACAUGCUAAAUGUAGGCCCAGGCCCAUGAUUGUUAAUAUUCUCCCACAAGCUAAGUCCAGCCCGGCCCGUUGACUAUAUUGCAUUGUACGGGUAACGUAGGGGCUAAAUCUAUGUUAA